UUAACCUCAGCCCGGCCCACAGUCUAAAGCCAGAAUCAACAUCCUGCGGAAAGAAAGAAAAUCGAAGAAACUAAAAGCUUGCGAGGCGAGAAGCUGCGACCCUGCGACGAAGAGCGAACCACCAAGCCAUCAGCCGCGCCGCGCCGCGCGUCCAGCCUUCCAGGUCCCAGGAGGCUGCGUUGUCGGCCGUCCUUCCUCUCCGGGCUCUGCCUCCAGCUCUGGCGCAGCCUUGCAGGUCUCAAAAAGAGCUGUGAUUCUACAGGCAUAUGAUGAUGAUUAAAUUUACUCCUCCACUGGGGUGUGUUUAUAUGACAAGCUUGAACAUCAAUUUGAGACGAACAUCUCCUAUGACAAGCAUUAGUAUUUCGUCACGUGAGAAGAUUAUGAACACCAAAAUAUCUGCAACGUAUAGGAGGGAUGCAUUCAAGUGGGCAAACAUAGAAGGGAAUGAUUAUUCAAGUGGGGCAAAUGGACCUUCACUGACUCCUAGUUUCAUCCUUCCCGUGGAGAAAAGGCCAAAUUUAGCAGAAGUAUCCAACUCUGGUCAUAAAGUUCCAAUAAUUGAUAUAGGAAGUGAAGAAACUAACCACAUUAUCAAAGAGAUUGCGAGAGCAUGUGAGGAGUAUGGUUUUUUUCUUAUAAAGAAUCAUAAAGUGCCACAGGAAUUGUGUCAAAGCAUGUUAUCUGCUGUCACAGAUUUGUUCCAUCUGCCCUCUCAAGACAAGGCUCUUCUUGUGUCCGAUGAUUCAACCAGAGAGGUAAGGAUAUGUAAUCAUUACCGCAAAACUGAUGAUAAAGAUGAUGCUCAGAAAAAAUUUAGCAUGUGGAGUGAGGUAUUCAAACAUCCUUGGCACCCUACAGAUGACAGUUUUGCUGAUAUUUUGCCAACAGAUCCUUCAAGUUAUAGGAACAUAGUCACGGCAUAUGCUAAGGAGAUUGGGAUUUUAAUGGGUGAGCUUUUAAGUUUGAUGUCUCAAGGCUUGGGAUUGGAAGAUGGAAAUUAUUUACAGAAGAGAUUGGGAAAAGACCCUUUGUGUAGAGCACAAGCGAACUACUACCCGCCUUGUCCAAAUCCAGACCUUACACUUGGAUUGGGGGUCCACACGGAUAGAGAUGCGCUCACAGUUGUGCUACCAACUCCUAACGUUGCGGGUUUACAAAUCAUGAAGGAUAACAAAUGGGUAGCAGUUGAUCCGGUUCCAAAUGCAUUGGUUGUUAACGUUGGUGAUCAACUUCAGGUCCUGAGUAACGGAAAAUACAAAAGCGUGCUGCAUAGAGUUGUGACCAAUGAAAGUCAAAGUAGGGUGUCGUUGGCAAUGUUUUAUGGCCCAGACAAAGAUGCACGGAUCGGCCCGAUUGAAGAUCUUAUCGAUGAAAGUCAUCCUCCACUCUACCGGAAUUACUAUUUUAGAGAGUUUCUUGACAUUUAUCGGAAGCAGGAAGGGAAAAAUCGAAUGAUUAAGGAAUUCUUUGAGAUUUAAAGUAGAUAGAUUAUUCACUCUUAGUUCACAAGAAACCACUAGAUCAAUCAAAACUAGCUAACAUAUAAACAACUGCUAUUUAGAAUGGGUUCCACAUCUUAGCUGCAUUUGUAAAUAACAGUUGAGCAUUCUGGUUAUCAGAAUUGCUAUUUUAAGUGAGACAACUCUUUUUGGAGCAUCUUGAUUCUUGAUGUACAGAACAUGAAUCAAUAAGCUAUAAAUGGAACUGUAUUCGAGACUUUUGCAAUGAGUUGUUUUCAGUAAUUU